AGGUAACGCAUUCCAGUGUUUCACCACCCUCUUAGUGAAAAAGUUUUUCCUAAUAUCCAAUCUAAACCUCCCCCACUGCAACUUGCAAACUUUCUCAUGCUGGAGAAAUGCAUUUAUAGAUGUGAUCCCUGCACCAAAGAGCUUACCAUCUGCUCUUGCUUUUCAGGUUGGCUGCCUCUCUACUUUGCGAGCCUAGGGCUAUGUUACAUCUUGAUAUUCAGUACCAUGUUUUUCUUUCACUGGAAGAAAGCCAUCCAGCGGGAGCAACGUGCAAAAGCAUGGGUUGAGCUGAUGAGGAGCGAAACAUUCUUCCCCAAUGCAGUAGUUCACUGGGCAAACAAGAGAGCUCAAUAUGGGAUUAAAGCAGAGGUAUGCACUCCCGAGUCCAGUGCCAGCCCAAAGCAAAAUGGCAAAAGCUUGAACAGAGAGACCACCACAGACAGGGAUGGAGCUUUCUUCCCUUCCCUUACAGGUGUGGGUUCAUACAAACUGGCGUUUCAGGAACUGCCUUGUGCUCGUUCACUCUCCAGCCUCCCACCGCUGCUCCAUCAUUCAACCUCUUAUCCUUUUUCAGCCAUUCCAUCAAGGACCGUUCCAUUCAGCUCUCUUCCUGACUUCGUUACAUUAGGAAAUGGGAGAUGCCACCUCAGUAACGGCAACUCUGCUUGUGAGAUAUAAUUCAUGUCAAACCCAGAGUGGACUGCAUCACUUGUGAUGAAAACCAAAAUAAAACAUGGAAAAAAUUUUUAAAGUCAAACAAAACAAACUGUCACCAGAAUACUUUCAAAGCCAGCUUAAAUGUGUUUUCUUUGUUACUCACAAGACACAUAGGGUCUGCAGUAGAGAUACUUCCCCCUUUGAGUGAAUUAAACCUGAACCACCCCAAUUUCAACUUCCUAUAUGUAGGGGGGGAGGGAUAGCUCAGUGGUUUGAGCAUUGGCCUGCUAAACCCAGGGUUGUGAGUUCACUCCUUGAGGGGGCCAUUUAGGGAUCUGGGGCAAAAAUUGGGGACUGGCCUUGCUUUGAGCAGGGGGUUGAACUAGAUGACCUCCUGAGGUCCCUUCCAACCCUGAUAUUCUAUGAUCUCCACUUAGAGUUAAACCAGCUAUUUGGUGCCCCAGGAAAUCACCACAAAAGCCGUUUGCUCAGCUUGGCACACAGUUUGCUUUUCAUCUUCACAUCAUUCUGACUAGUAGAGAAUGCACCUUCUCUUAUUUUCAUGUCCAGACCCCUGACCAAAGCACUGUAUCAAAAUAAGAAACUGAGAGCUUAACCCACCAAUUAACUGAGCUGCAGACACCUUCCCCACCCCCCUUUGAGGUUUAAUUAAAAAGUAUUCAGCCACACAGGUUUGGUGUUUUUCAUCCUUUCACCCCAAAUCACGUACCCACCCAGCCAUAGCUGGGGUUAAGCGCGGCAAUCCAUGCUAGAGCCUUGUUUUGUGUUGCUAAUUUAAUUAUGGA